UGGAAGUCAGAAAAUAGGUCAUUUGAGAACAACACAAAACGCAUGGAUAUAUCUGAGAAAAAUGCCAUAGAAAAAAUAUACAAUCAUGGAAGAGGGAGAAGUAAUUUGUGAAGUGAUAGAGGAGGAGAUAAUUUCAAUCGAGGAUCCCCAGACUGUGGUUGCUGAGGAAGUAAUAAUAUCCAUGACAACAGAUGAUUCACCAUAUCAAAGUAACCAAACAGAAAGCAGACCAACGGAAGAAAUUAUUCUUGUACCUCCAAAGUCUAAACGACAACCUGGAUACACAUUUACACCAUUGGAGUUACCCCCUUGUAAAGUGUGCAAUGGCAAAGCAUCAGGAAUCCAUUAUGGUGUAAACAGUUGUGAAGCUUGUAAGGGUUUUUUUAGAAGAUAUUUACAAAGGAAGGAGCCAUAUAAAUGUAUGAAGGAGGGUCAAUGUGAAAUAACAGAUAGAAGAAGAGGAAAUUGUUCUGCUUGUAGAAUGCAGAAAUGUGUAAUGGUUGGAAUGUCUAGAGAUGCUGUUCGUCAGGGAAGAUAUACCUUGACAGAAAGGACAAAAACUAUAAUGGAAGUUAGAGAAAUUCAUGAACGCAGCAUGUUAUCUGCUGGUUUGGACAUUCUAGCAGAAGCUGCAAGUCAGAAUAGAGCUGCUCUUAUUUGUGAAUCUCCAGGUUCAUGUAAUACUGAAAAAAACAAUAACAAUCAUGGCGCCGAUGAGACAAGUACUGCUGUAUCCAACAUUGACGCAUCUAGUACUGGUCCAGUCACUGGCGAUACCGAUCACUCAUAUAUAAAUAGCAGUGAACGCGGUCAGUGUGACUCAUUUGAAAAUAUAGUGACUAGUGGAGGUAGCAAUCCUCAGAAAGAUAUACUUACUCCUACAGAUGGAAAACCUUUCAUUGGAAUCGAUUUCUUCGGGUGUGGACAACGACAGAAAUCGUUAUUUGAUGCAAAGAUUGAUCUUCCACGGCAGUGUUGGCCUCAGGUUUUAAGUAACUUAGUUUCAGCUAUGACUAACUUAACUCCUUUGCAGGCUAAAAGUAAAGAAGAAAUACAGGCAAUAUUACAGGAAGGGCAGCAAAAGUACGAGUUACAGAAGCAGCUAUUUGGAACUUUACAAUGCCUAUCUAAUGAGGAACAUCAAGCCAUUUUUGAAGCUACUGGAAUUGACAUUGACAACAGGAAUAAAUUUUUUGAAGAUCAUAAUAAGACUAUGACAACUCUGAUUUUAGGUUUUAUAGACUUUGCUAAAGUUAUCCCAGGAUUCAUGGAUCUCCCUGUUUCUGACCAAGCUUCUCUUCUUAAAGAAUCUCGUUUUGAAUUUUUCAUGAUCAGUAGUCAUGAAGCGUUUGACCCAAAUACUGAAAUAAUGAUGACAUACAAAGGUGAAACUUAUCACAUGACCCAGUUUUGUGGAUUUCUAAACAAUGCUAACUUCAGGAACUGGCUCCAAUUUACUCGGAAAAUAAAACAUUUUGAUUUUACUCAGAUGGAAAAAGCAUUAGUCCUUGGAAUCACACUCACAUUUAGAGAUCGAGCUCACUUGGAAAAUCCUGAUAAAGUUGAGGAGAUCCAGCUGUGGCUCAUAGAACAGUUAAUGAUCUGUUUCAAAUUGCAUCAUGGGAAACGCUGCCAGGAAUACUUCAGAAAAUUAAUUGACAUGUUUAUAGAGUUUAGAAACAUCACAGAAGAAUUUUUACAGACUCACAAGAAAUGGAAAAAUGAUCCCAUCAUGAGGACCAGAAUUCCAGCUUUAGGAUUCUUCCUGUUUGAAGAUGAUUGAUGAUAUUGUUGUUUAUAAUUGUUGCAUUUUUCACUUUUGUUAUAGAAACUUUUUUCUCCCAUUGUUGGCUUAAAAGGACCAUUUUUGUCCGUCCAUUAAAAAUAUGUCAGACAUAAUGUAUGAGCAGCUUGUCAUGACUGUGGCUGGAUGCUUUGAUUUCUCGUUAAAUGAUAUUGUUAGAGAAUGUGUACUUUAUAGUAAUAUGAGUUAUUGCCCUUUGCUUGAAUAAGGUUUUAUCAUAACUUAAUUUUUGUUUGUUACCAUAAUAUUUUGAAUAUCCAAACAGACAAUACAAAUAAUGUUUUGAGGCAGCCAAUCAUGUUUUUAAUAUUGGCCAUGCCAAAUCAAAGUUUUUAUGAAUAAUAUUUUAAAGGAGGAUUUUCAGUAUACUAUAUUCUUUAGGGGGUUUGUUCUUUGUUUUUAUUUCUAUAGGGUGACUUUUGUCUCAGACGUCUAUCUCUGCAAACUUGUCUUGUUUGAUUGAUGUCUCAUUGUCAAUGUGUUCUUUUGUUCAUAAAAUUUGAUAAAAGACUAAAGUUGAAGAUAAUGAAAUAGUCCUUGAAGUUUAUUUUGAAUGAUAAAGUUUAACCAUGUCUUUUAAUGAUAUUAGUUCCCUUUGCAAAUUUGCAUAAAUUACUUUUCAACUGAAGCAUUCAUAAAAAACUUUUGAAUUUUGAAUUAUGUUUUUACUAUUUUGUCUAGUUUUAAAUUUUCAGGAUAUUUUGGUUUUUUUUUUUGUCUCAUUUGCCUUUAGUUGAUUUCUUUCAAGUUCUGUCUGUAUCAUUAAAGUAUUGACUUGUUGGAUAGUGAUGGAAUUCCGUCAACUGAGUAGAAUUGUGUUACAAAGAGGUCAAAGUUAACUUCAGACACAAAUCUGAACGAUGAUUCCCUGAAGGAUAAAACAAAAUUAAAUUUUCCUUUUUGAGUUCUGAAUAUACACCCAUUAUAUUAGAUAUUGAAAAGUUAUGUUACUUAGGUAAAUUAUGAUAGACUUCAGUUAUAUAACACUUAAGGACAGUAAACAUUAACAUUUGGGUGUGCAGACUGCAACUUUCCUUAUUAAUUGGGGAUAACUCCCAUGAGGGAUACUGCCCUGGCAAUUAUAUAAUUAAAUACCCAAUAAUGACAAUCAAAGGAGUGUUAAAAAUACAUUCAAGUUUAUAUUAACAUACUAAAAACCAUAAAGUAUUAGUGAGAUUAAAAACACCUCUGACAUGUAUAAGAGAUGCAUUAGACCCUCUUGUACUUAAAUACCCCAUGGAGAUUAAAUUUCCUAACUAGAUUUUAUUUCCCCUUCACCCUUCCAUGAAUUAAAUAUGUAAAUUAAAGGUCGGUUCAAUUAAAAUAAAAUGAUCCAAAAUUGUUGUUGUUUGUAUCAAAGAAAAUCCAGUUUUAAUCAAAUUAUUUAGUAGAAUGUCAUUGUUGUUGUAAAUUUUUUAAGUAGCUAUGUUAGCUAAGGAUAUUUUAUAAAUCAUAUUGAAUUUAAAUUUUUUCCAACUUCGUGUUCAUUUAAUCAACUUGUGGUUCAAAUGUUCUCAUGUUUAUCAGUCAAAAUUCGGUUAUAAUGUCAAUUGGCUAUUCUUAUAUUUUCACAUAAUGAUGGCAUGGAAAAAAAAACCCACAUACAUAGAUGUCAUACUGAAUGACAAACCAUACUGUUUAACAUUGUAAAAUGUAAUUGUCCUUAUUGGAGAAUGAUACCCCAUGCAAUGCAGUGGUAGUAACUAUAUUUACUUUUAAAACUAUAAUAUUUAGCUAAAACCUUUAUCAAUAAAAGUGUGAUGUCUCAGACUGUUAAAUGUAAAUACUUAUUUGAUGUAGAUUUUUUAAACCGACUGUAUACUCCUCUUUAGUUUAUUUACUUGUUACUGCUUUAUAGAAAUGUAUGAAUUCAUGUUAAUAAGUUUCACACAAAUUCUAUAUGAAUUGUAAUCUUAAUAGUUACAUAAAUUAUAAUUUAUCUAUACAAUUCUGGAAAUGAAAGUGCAGAAUGUCUGAUUUAGAAUAGCUAGACUCUUGUGAUUUUAUUUUACAUUAUUUUACCUGUCAGAGUAACUAACUGUGCAAUAAUUGAUUUAAACUCGGAAAUGAGUAUUGUAUUUAUAGAUACUUUAAUAAAUGUUUAGAGAGAAUAAAUCAUUCGCUUAAACAUUUCUGAAUAAAUGAUUAGUUUUGGGUGAACAUAUGGAUUAAAAUGAUAUAACUCCAACUAUAGUCAAGCUUUUUUGGCAUUACAUCAGUACUUUUAGAGACAGGUUUUCCCGUCUUUAGCCUUCAAGUCCAAAUUUGAUAUUGACCUUCUAAAUAUCUUAAAAACAUAUAGUAACAUAUCUACAAUUUGGGCAUGCAACAUCCAUUCAUUUUUAACUUGAAAUAAAUCUCUGUCAUACAUUAUAAACAGAUUUUCAGUAUCAAAUGUUAAAUAUUUGAAAUAAUACAUGCCUGAUUUCAUGUGAAGCGUGCAGUGUCAAUUAUUUUUUCUUGCAUGUUCCUAUUACAGGAAUUCAUGAUUAGCAAUUGGAAGAAAAUUAAGUGUUAAUGGAUGUUUCUCAAUGAACAAUUAAAAUGUCCUCACAUUGUAUUGAAUGUUUUUAAAUAUUGUAAAAUUCAGAAGAAGGGUAAUAUUGUGUCUUCUAUGAAUUACUAAUAAAUUAGAUAGUCAGAAAGGUAUUAGUUUGGAUAUUUUAACUUAAGUAUCAAGAACUAUGUUAAAUGUCUUUAGAAGAAGUGAUAUUCAGGGAAUAUUUGGUAUUAUAUGUAUUAAUUUGUUAAACAAAGAAUCUCAAAAUGUUAAUAUGAUAUAAUUCAUGUAAUAAAGGUUGUUCCAGACAAAAGUACACUGGGGUCUUUGAAGGUUGUUUUUUUAGAAGCCCCAUGUUAUGCUUAUAUACUUUCUAGACCAAUGACUCAUUAAAGUUUAUAUGCAAGAACUUUCAAAGACCCGAGAUAUUUUUACUGGCAGCCCAAACGUAUAUGUAUGUUAGUUUGUAAAUAUUUUUAAAAAAAAUAGUGCUGUAUUGGCCCUUUCAAAAUAAAUGUUCUGUUUUCAGACCUUUUUGUCGAGCCUUCGACUUUAGUCGAAAAAGCGAGACAUAGCGAUCCUACAUUCCGUCGGCGUCGGCGUCGUCGUCGUCGUUGUCGUCGGCGGCGUCCACAAAUAUUCACUCUGUGGUUAAAGUUUUUGAAAUUUUAAUAACUUUCUUAAACUAUCCUGGAUUUCUACCAAACUUGGACAGAAGCUUGUUUAUGAUCAUAAGAUAGUAUCCAGAAGUAAAUUUUGUAAAAAUAAAAUUCCAUUUUUUCUGUAUUUUACUUAUAAAUGGACUUAGUUUUUCUGCCGGUAAAUAUUACAUUCACUCUGUGGUUAAAGUUUUUAAAAUUUUAAUAACUUUCUUAAACUAUCCUGGGUUUGUACCAAACUUGGACAGAAGCUUGUUUAUGAUCAUAAGAUAGUAUCUAGAAGUAAAUUUUAUAAAAAAAUAAAUCCAUUUUUUCCUUAUUUUACUUUUAAAUGGACUUAGAUUUUCUGCCAGGAAACAACACAUUCACUCUGUGGUUAAAGUUUUUAAAAUUUUAAUAACUUUCUUAUACUAUUUUGGAUUUGUACCAAACUUGGACAGAAGCUUGUUUAUGAUCAAAUGCUAGUAUCUAGAAGGAAAUUUUGUUUUCUUUCAGUUAACAUUACAUUCAGUCUGCAGUUAAAGUUUUAAAACAUUUAUUAGAUUCAUAAACUAUCCUGGAAUUUUACCAAACUUGGACAGAAGCUUCUUACAAUCAAAAGAUAGUAUUAAGAGGAAUAUUUUUAUUGAUUUACUUCCUCAUUUUUGUUGAGCCUGCGAUUAACAGAAAAAGUAGGCGAGACACUGGGUUCCGCGGAACCCUUAAGAAUUUUUUAUUUUCAAAUUCUUGUGAUUUGGUAGUUAUGAUAACUUCCCCUUUUAUAGACGUAUUUACACUUGUAUGCAAAUUUGUCCGCCAUUACGUAAAAUCACACAGGUUCCUGUAAACUUUGACAUCAUAAUUCAAAACAUUUGACGUCACAAUUAAAAAGUGAUUGUUGCCUGAAGUCAAAAGGUGAUUCGGAGUAGAUCUAAGGUCAUUCGGAGGCAAAAUUUAGCUAAAUACCAAAAGUGUAAAUACGUUUAUCAAAUCAGAUUAAUGGUGUGUUUUACAACAAUAGUUUAAUAAAUAUUUUGAAUUUACAUUGAAAUUGAUAUUUGACAUUUUCAUACUUCUUAACAUGAUAACCUGGAAAAAAAUUAUUUAAAAAUAGAAUACAAUAAUUUGGUGCCUCAAUAAUUAAGUACCUGCCCUUAUGUCAUAUUCUCUGUUACUUAAGUUCUUAGUGCUCAGCUCAGUUUCUAAUUGUAACGAGUAGUCGGUCAACUUAUCCAUAGAAUCACUGUAUGUACAUGUUCCUCUAAUAGGGGUAACUUGACCUUGACCUCAUUAUUCAUGGUUCAAAAUUCAAUGGUUCUCACCUACCUUGAAUGUUAGCCAACCUAUAUGGUCUAUAGAACCAAUAUAAGAUUGUUCUUGUGUUUUGUUAACUAUUACACUGUUAUUCUAAAGUUAAGUACUUUUCCUGUACUGAUUUAUAUUGUAUGAUUUUUUAAUGUUAAUUUUCAUAGUCCAGUUAUUGAUAUUAAAAGGGGGUUGAGAUCUCAAAAACUAGUGUAACCCCAAAACAUAUUCAUGAGCCCCUCCCAAGUCAGGAACCUCAUCAGUGGUUGUCUUAUGUCAUGUGUUUGUUAUCAGGAGAAUUUGGUGUUGAAGGCAGAUCUUUGAUCAUUUCUGUUAUUCACAACUUUUACAAAAAAUCUUACGACAAAAAAUGAUCGUGAGUUAUACUGAAAUGUUCAUGACUUAGGAGUAAUUUUUCUCUUAAGAUUUUUUGUGAAAUUGAUCACUGGUGAUGAUUGCCAGCUUGACAUAUUGAAUAGACAUCUGUCUAUCUAUUGUUGAAGUGUUUAUAUUGCCCUCUUUAUAUCUUUUUAGGUAUUUUUGUGCUUUUGUUGCUGUCUCAUUGACAUUUAUCCCACAUCUCUUUAUAUUCAUGUCUUUGUGUUGGAUAAACUGACCUUGAACUUACUUAUGGUUCAUUGAUAAAGGUGAAAUUUCUUAAUAUAAGACUUGUAUUCAGUCAUAAUAAAUUAAAAAGGCAAGAAUUUUCAGUCUUGUUAUCUUAGAAUACAUAAUGUUACAGUCUUGUCAACAGAACAUUGAUUUGAAUGGCCUGAAAGUUUAAUCUUUAGUAUGUAAUAAUGAUUAAUGUGUUAAUUUUACUUUAUGGAAGACAGAUUUCAUCUUAUUAUGCAUUAUGCUGAUACAUGUUCUAUUUUAUAAAUAGCAUCUACAGUCUAUGGAAAUAUAUAUUAAAGUAUUGAUGAUUUACAUUUUAUACAAUUUGCACCCUAAAAAUCAGAAUUGUGUACCGUUUCUUUUUCUGAUAUAUGUCAUUUCUAAAAGUGUUUUUUUUUUAAUAAGAUCAUGACACAGACAUGAACAUCUUAACAGAAGUUGAAGAUUUAUGACCCAUUGACAUAUAAAUUUAUACCCAAUGUUAUAUUUUCUCUGCGAAAUUGCACCCCAUUGAUAUAUUUGACAUUUAAAAAAGUUACCCGUACCAGCAAUACGUCUGUGUAUACUGUAAACAGGGAAAUUUUCGUGGCAGUUUUAUUUUCGCUGUUAGAGUGGAAACGCUAAAAUAAAAUGUUUGCAAAUAUUUCAAGGAGAACUAAUUCAAAAAAUGAAGACCAUCUAUUAACAUAUACAAAUAACCUAGGAUUAUGUAUACAGGGCCAAUUUAUAACAACAGUUUUUCAGACGACAGAUCUAUAUCACAAAUUAAAAAUUUAUUUCUUAAUGAAAGGCAGUGUUAGAAACCAAAGAUUGAAAAAUGCACCAUUUCUUUUUUGCCAAAAAUAAAUACUGCUUUUGUGCCAAUUUACAGGUAAUAUAGCGGACACAUUUUAAUAUAAGGUGUAUCUUGAAUACGAGGCUCGUUUAAGAAAUGUUGUAGAGUGUGCCCCCCACCCCCCUUUGUUUAAGUAAGUGAGUUCAUACCAAUAUAUAGUGUUCACAUUUUUUGAGGUGACAAAUAGGACAAUACAUUAAGGGUUUUUCUCAUUGUUGAAGGCCAUACAAUUGCCUAUAAUUGCUUACAUCCACUUCAAUUGAACUUUGGUGGAUACUUGUCGCAUUGGCAAUCAUACCACAUCUCCUUAUUUUUAUAACAAUUUAUUCAGAGAAAAAUAGAGGAUAUCUAAUGGAUUGAAAAAUGGAGAUAAAUCAUAUAGAUGUACCCCCAAAAAGUUUUAAAGCCAGAAUCACCACAGAUGUUGACAGCAAAACCAUUAUAAAAACACUGAAUGAUACAGUCAACCAUGGUUUAGACCAGCAAAAAGUACAACCUCAGCAUUUAAAAAACUAAUAUAUACAAUCAUAUUAUGCUAUCAAAACUAAGUUGUAACAUUCUUUUUAGAAGUCUCUUUACAAUAUAGAUCUAUUAUUUAUACUAUUUACCUGUAUUAAUGGCGCAAUUGAAAUGUAUUAUUUUGGUGCAAAUGAAAUAUGAUUUGUGGUGCAAAUGAAGGAUUUUUUUGGCGCAAAAGCAAAGAACCAAGUCAAACUGAUAUGAAAUUUAUUUUAAGGAACUGGAAAUUAUUGAUAUCGUUAUAUAAACAUGAAUGAAUGAAUGAUUUUAUUCUCAUAAACUAGUACAUAGCUACAGAGAAAAUAACAGUUCAUAUAUAAUACAUAUUGUGUUUCGCAUGUGUGAAAAUAAAUAACAAUAUAAUAAUAUUACAGUUCCUCUAACCAGGAGGACAGACUUUCAAUUAUAUGUAUCGUAUAAAUCUACACAAUUUUUCUAGUUCAACAACAUUUUCAAAUGAGAAUAUAUGAUUAAAUUUAAUAAUGUUAGCAUUUUUGUUACAAUAAUGUGGUAAAUAUUUUUCUCUUUCUAUGUUGAAAAAAUUGCAUGACAUUAUGUAGUGAAAUUCAUCGCCAAUAUCUGUAGAGCUGCAGAGGUGACAAGACCUUUCCGAUCUCGGAAUAGUUUGCCACCUUCCCGUCUCCACUGGCAAACGAUGAUUUCCGCAUCUAAAUUUACACAAAGUAUAUAAAAAAAAACAUCACUUGUGACAAUUAAGUAAAUGACACCUUCAACAAUUUUUUAAUUGAAUAACCAAAUUUAAUCUGCUACACUUAUUAAUAUGAUCAAAAGAUUGAUUAAUUAGCCAUAAUCCUCGCAGCUUCUAAUUUGAUCUUACUAAUUUGAAAGCAUUCUUUUAUGUUAAUAGUGAAUGUUACAAGUAAACAUAAAUGUAGGGGUUUACUUUUACUUUAUAUAAUUCACUUCACAAAUAUCUUGAAAUCUUCAUGUGCAUCAAUGAACCAACGAAAAAUGUUCACUUUGUUUAAUAGACAAAAAGGUUUUUGAUCGACUUUCAGCACUUGCUUUACGAUACAUGUAUGACUGUGCCAUUUUAAAAUAAUUUACUAAAUUCUGUACAGCCUUCUACAAAUCGAGAAUUCAAAACGGCGUGAAAUUGAGUUUCAGUUGGUAUAUCAUGAAAUAAAGACUGUACAAAUUUUCCCGGUUUACAGUACCUUUAUAUAGGAAGAUCCCUCCCCCACUGUGGAUCAUGAGUUAAAUACAAAUUUUAUUAUAUGGUUCCUAAUACUUAAUAGAUUAAACUGUUUUGUUAAUUGCUACAAAUUGAAACAUUCUGCAUUCAAAUUAGCUGAAUAUUUAAUUCAUUGAAUUUAAUAUUGUUUAUAAUAUUAGGGAAAAAAUUUUGCCAAUUUUUUUUAAAAAGAAUUGACUGGAAUUUUUGAUAAUUAAAAAGAUGUUUGAAAUGAAAUUAAAACAUAAAAUAAACAAGAAUAUGUAUUCAUAUGACACCAAAAGAAACGAAGUAAUGGACAGCCUGACAGGAAAACAUAAUACUCUACAGCUAUCAUGAAACUGAUUUCUACUGUCAGUAAAUAUAUAAAUUAAAGAAGUUUUUUAAAAGAAUCAAACCUAAAAUAAUUAGGUUUAAAUUUAAAAGAUUUUUUGCUUGGGCAUUCCAUGUAAAAGCAGAUCAAGGUUUUAAUUUGAUAGAUAUAAAUAAGCUGAAACCAUCAUCCGCUCUGACAAAAACACAGAUUAUAAUUUUUUGUUUUGUUUAUUCUUAUGAGUUUCCAGAAAAUUGAAAUAUCAACUUUAACUUACAGUAAAGAUUUUUUUCAUGAAGUUUAAAUUUACAAAACAUGUGUAAAUUAGUGAGGUUUUAUUAUUACCCUUUCUUAUACUUUAUAAUAUUCUUAUUGUCCUUAAAGAUCUAAUUUAGGGGUUAGGGAUAUGUUCACAAUUUUACCUUUUUCGUGAAAUAAGGGCUAAAUAUAAAACCCCUCUCAAUAAUUUCACUUUAGGAAAAUCCUAUUUUAUUCAAUGUAAAUUUAUUAAGAUGAUCUUCCUAUUGUUAUGUAUUACUGUAAAUUCAGAAAUUAUUGCGUCCAUUUAUUAUUGCGAUUUUGUCAUUUUAGACUAAACUGCGAUUUAAUUUUUGCGGUUUUGAGAAAAAUCCUGUUUAAUUCAUAUAAAAAACUUCAAAAUGCGAGUUAAAAUUAUUGCGAUUAAAACCCUGUCUCAUUUUUCGCAAUAAUAAAAACAUCGCAAUAAUUUCUGAAUUUACAGUACUCAAAAUACCUUUAUAAUAAAUCCACUUGACAUUCAAUAUUAUAUAUUUUGAUAUGUUUUAUCACUUCUGUUGCAAUAUUACUGGUUUAUUAAAAUAUCAGAUACAAAUCAUAGAUAUUGUGGUACUUUCAUUUUAAUGUUAUUUUACACCCACUGUAUGACUGGGAACUGCCUUCAAGUUGUCUGUUUGUUUGUCCAAGAUACAUUUCUGUCACAUUUUUCUAAGAUACUAACUAGUAAACAGAAUAACUUCAUAUUUGAUAAGCUUGAAAGUGAUAAAUUGUAACAUGUGAGCACUUUUCACAUCUACCACCUGAUUGUCUAUACUUUGAAUUUUACAAAAUGUUGGGGGGGGGGGGGGGAGAAAUCAUCACACUUAUGUGGCGGAGUAGUCUAAGUAGUCGAACUACUGUAUCACUAGCCUGUCAACUCUGAAGUAGUAAGUUGGAAUCCAGCACAUGGCAGGUGCCCUUGACUCCAAUGUUAAUUGACCAGGAUUGUCAGUGGUUCUCUUUGGGCACUCUCAGGCGGAAACCCAGUUGAAAUUAAACAAAAGAAAUGGAACUCUUUGUUAAUAGAGAAGGAAAAAAAAGCCAAGUUGGUAAAUUUGAAUUGUUUACAUCUGUUUCUAUGGGCUUUAAAAGUUUAAUGAAAGUGCCUAAUUUAGGAUUGUAUGCCUCUAAUGUAUGAGUUUUUAGUAAAAACUUUUUACUUAAAUUAUGGUAUGGAGCUUUGAGAUAUUUGUAAACUUUUGAAUUAUAGACAAAUUUUCACAAAACAGUCGAUUGUGGUAGGUGCAAAUACAUGUGGAUCUUUUUUUGCAUAAGCAUAAAUUCCGCCAAAAAAAAUUCCAAGGCGACAGUUUUUUGGCAAAAAAUCCCCAAAAUGGGCAAUAAUUUUAUCGAAAAGAGAAAGUCGAGUACACCUUUAUAUGUUUAGGCGUGUUUGAGUUGACUAUUCUGUCUUGAAAACGUAUAAAAGAAAAAUAUUUGAUACAUCAUCUCGCUUCAGAUUCUAUUAUUUUUAUAUAUUUAGGCUCUAGGUUGAUAUAAUAACAUUAAAAAUUUACAGUACUAUAAAAUGAAAUAUAUGGGUCAAAUGAAAUACCUUUCUAAUGAGUCAUAACAACAGAGAAGAUGUGUUCGAAUAACAAAAUUUUGCUAAAAGUACUUGACGACAGACUUUUCAAGUGGAUCUUAAAAAUGCAUAACAUGUUUUUGGUGUGUUAUCUAGGGUAAUGAGUCUUCAACAUCUGAAAAUUUUUAGUCUGCCCUUCCACGAAAUAUUUAAUUAGAAUUUUUUUAAAUAUUUUGAGCUUUCGAAAAAUUCCCCCUGACAACCGAUCAGAUAAUAGUUUUAUGUUGACCAAAUGCAUAAAAGUACAUUAAAUGAUUCUAAAUAGCUAGUGGAUACAUUUGUCUUUUAAAGUACAACUGGCAUAUAAGGAUCAUAGUGAUGCUAUGUGGAUAAAUUUAUUGGUUUUCAAGAGCGAAAUUGACAGCGCAUCAUCACUGCAAUGGCUUCCAUUUUUACGAUUAUUAAAAUAAGAUGGCGAAAUGAGGAGAUAAUUUUGACGAAGUAGAAUCCUGACUGUCUGGCUUCCUCCACCUAUAAAAACUGACCACCACGAAAAUCAACCAAUCAAUCAUCUUUAGUCUACAGCUUGGCAGUAAUGAGUUGUAACAUGUGAACUUUAUUUCUCAUAUUUCAGACACCCACUUUCUGUUUUCCAAAACUUUAAAUUACAAGUAGGGGUAUGAUUAGAACAAAUACACAUGCAAUCUUGUUUAUUUUACAUUUUAUUUCUGGAAAAAGACAGCUGUUCUUCUUAGAUGAAUUGUGACAAGUCAUAAUACAUGUAAUUGAUGAUAAUUGUAGAUGUCUCAUGGUUUUUGUGUCAUAUUGGGUUGCUGUUUCAUUGAUGUAAUUCCUAUAUUUUCUUAUAUUCAUAGUAGGAAGGAAUGUCUUGUGUGUUGGAUAAUAGCAUAAUUUGACAAAUUCUAUUCAUUUGUGAACAUUUUAACAUAUAUGCAAAUAACACUUUGCACUCUAUCCUCGGUGAAAGAAAAAAAGGAUAAUACAUAAGAGUUUAUAAGGUUUUAACUUUCUUGAUAUUCAUGAAAGAGUGGAUGGGGGGUCCUUUAUUUCUUUCUUCUUUAAUUUUUUAGACCAUUUUUCUCUUUUCUUUAUUUAUUUUACCCAUUAUUCUUUUAUUCUCUAUCCUUUAUUCUUUCCCUUUAUUCUGUACUUUUUGUCGACUAUUCUCUAUUCUGUAAACCCCAUACAGACCCCCAUGAAAUAAAACAUGCACAAAUUACUGUUAAAAAUGCAAAAGGAAUCGAUUAAGAAUAACUAUUAUUAAAAAGGUUAUGGAGUAGGUUAUGAAAAAAUUGAUGCAGACGGUAAAAGAUUUAGUUUUUAGAAUAUAAAUAAAGUUUACUAUAAAUUAUUUCUAAAAAUAAAAUCAAAGAUAGAACAUUCCCACCAAAACCAUGAUAUAAAGAUUAACCCAUUGAAUAAAUAAAAUAACAUACAAUUAAAUUAAGAUUCAUUCAUAGCAAUAUUAAAUAUGUUUAUUUGUUCAUGUAAUAGUAUUUCAGCUGAGUCAAUAAAACUUGUACUUUGUAAGUAUGCACAUUUUAGUGUCUUCCUUUGUUAAAAGAAUUUUUUUUUUCUCAUAAAAAUGAGAAGAUAUUAUUCCUAUUGUUAAAAAAAAUAUAAGGGACAGGAAAGUGUAGUUUUCGUUCAAAAAUUAAUUUAUUUAAUUAAAACAAUAUUUUCUUAUAUUCAUUUGUGUCUAAUAUGAAUAAAAAUCUGUGCUUUUUCAAAAUGGCAUGUAAAAAUGGAUAUGAGCAAAGCCUGUCUGAAUUUAAAAAUGGUAGAAUUGUAAUGUUAAAAUAAUGUUUCCAUAAAGAUAUGAAUAGCAUUAAUGGUAAACUCAUCACCAUGUCUGGAUUCAAUUGUGAGUAAUAUAUUUUUUGACGAGUAUCAAUUGUUAACAAAAUUUGAAAUGGAAUUUGUUAUUGAAUUUUCCUUUGUUUAUUUACCUGAAUUUCAAUAAAAGUUUUAUGUCA